GAGGUGCUGGUGUUCGCCUGGGCGGAUGCGGCAUACAAAGGACGCGGAGGGGCGGGCGCAUUCUGCAGCGCUGGAGCUCGUUGCUUGGCAACGGUCAAAGGACCUGCCUCUUCAUCAGGAGAGGAGGCAAUUCUCUGGACAGGUCGGCGCGGGAUUGUCGAUGUCGAUGCUGGGAUCGCAGGAGAGAAGCUCCCGGGGGCUCGUGUUGGUUGCCCUGGCGUUUGUGACAUGGCUCGCGGUUUGUGCAAUGGCCCCAGAGCGUUCGCAUAACUCGUACUGCGGGGCUAUCUGUUGAGAGCGAAAGAUGGCAGACUUGGGGGUCUCGACAUUCUUAAGAGAGAGAAGUGUGAACGAUGGUAGGGUUAAGACUGAGGGUGGAUUGAGGCUCAGACGUCAGUCGUAUAUUAUCUGUUUAAGAUCUUACCCAGUUGUAAACACCACCAAGGCCGUCCGUCGCUUGGGACCGAAAAACAAGCCUCGCUAUUCCCGUCUCCCACCAACUUUACACCACCACCACCUCCUCCAUUUCCAUCUCCAACCAACCCUUGCUCAAGAGCCAAGAACCAUGGCAGCGUCCGAUGCUCAGAGUGAAGCUACGCAGGGGUACCAGCUCCUCUCAGCAACAUAUCGGUCACCCCACAAUGCAGCCUUCACAUACACCCAAAAGCUGCCCACCCCUCCAAGCACCCAGACCGCCGACAGGACCGCUUACCUCGGUGCAUUGCGAAAGGCGACCGCCGUGAUGCAGGAGCAGAUCAACAAGGAGAUUACACUGCGGAUGGAGGAAGACAAGGCUCGGGAGGCUGAGGGCCUGAACGGGCUUGCAAAGGCGAAGGGUGUGGACGAGGCCAAGGAGGAAGACAAUUACGGCGAAGAGGUUGCAGAGGAAGAAUGAGCCCUGUCUUCUACAAGUUACACGGAUAUACA